UCAAAGAAAUCGUUACAAGUGUAUUACAGUUAUAAUUACUGUUUAAUCUAAUAUGAUUUAAUCUGUGAAAUUAAUAACAUUAUUAGAGUUUUGUUAGUAUAAUUUAUUCACAAAUAAUACUUAAAGCAAAUUAUUAAAUAUUAAACAGUAUAAUGAAUCAAUUUAUAGUUUUUUCUAUUAUAUUAAUUUUUGGAAUUUCCAAAGCUGUUAGUGAAACUUGUCAAAAGCCUGAGGUUAUUGCAUCUGCAUAUGUCACGGAAGAUGCAACAAUUUUAACAAAUGUUGCAUUUACAACACAAUUUUUGCUUAAAUGUAGUAAUGGUGUGAAAGGUAUUACAUUAUAUGCAGAAGUUGAUGGUAAAUCAUUACCAGCUGCUAGAUUAAGUUCUGACAACAAGUACCAGGUUUCUUGGACAGAAGAUGUGAAAAAGGCACGUUCUGGAGAUUAUAAUAUAAAACUGUAUGAUGAAGAAAGAUACGCAGCUAUACGCAAAGCAAUAAGAAAUGGAGAGGAUCCAAGUAGUGUGAAACCUUUAGUUGUUGUAGUACUCAAUAAUCCAGGAAUAUAUCGUGGACCUUGGGUUAAUUCAGAACUUCUUGCAGUUCUUUUAGCUGCCUUAGUGUCAUAUUCUGCUUUUUCUUCAAAGUUAAAACUUCUUGCUUAAACUUAUUUCAUAGACAAUAAAUUUAUUACAAAAUUUUUAUA